AUGGCUGUGGGUAAAAAUAAGCGGCUAACUAAAGGAGGAAAGAAGGGCACUAAAAAGAAAGUCGUGGAUCCAUUCUCCAAGAAAGAAUGGUACGAUGUCAAAGCACCUUCCAUGUUUUUAGUGAGGCAGGUUGGAAAAACUUUAGUCACACGGUCUCAGGGAACAAAAAUUGCCAGUGAUAACCUUAAGGGUCGUGUAUUUGAAUGCAGCCUCGCUGAUCUUCAGAAUGAUGAAGUUACCUUCCGUAAAUUCAAGCUGAUAGCUGAAGAGAUCCAGGGACGCAAUGUGCUGACCAAUUUCCAUGGUAUGUCCCUGACACGGGACAAGAUGUGCUCCAUGGUCAAGAAAUGGCAGACACUGAUCGAGGCUAACGUGGAUGUCAAGACCACUGAUGGCUACCUGCUGCGAGUGUUUGUCAUUGGCUUCACAAAGAAGAGGAACAACCAGGUCAAGAAAACAUGCUACGCCCAGCAUGCUCAGGUCAAGGCCAUCAGGAAGAAGAUGGUGGAGAUCAUUACAAGGGAAGUUUCUACGAAUGACAUGAAGGAAGUCGUCAACAAGCUCAUCCCCGACAGCAUCGGCAAGGACAUUGAGAAAGUCUGCCAGGGCAUCUACCCACUACACGAUGUGUUGGUUCACAAAGUAAAAGUGCUGAAGAAGCCCAAGUUUGAUGUUGGCAGAUUGAUGGAGCUUCACGGUGAGGGCGGGCCCACAACUACCACAACCAAGACUACCACAGAGAGCGGCGAGAAGGUCGACAGAGUUGAUGGCUAUGAACCUCCUGUUCUUCAGACUGUCUAG